UUUUUAAAUUUCAGUGACAUCAUUGGUGUGCUUAUAUUCCCAAGUCACACCUGACAAGUAAGGAUCCCUUGUCAUUAAAGUCCAUGUAUAAAGGUUUGUCCAGGAUACCUUUUUCUUACCGGUAUUGCUCAUUGAGGACCCCUCAAAGCGCGCAAUAGGGAAAAGCAGGGGAUAGUGCUGAAAUUCUCGGAAUCAGGACUCGGCAAACGUGCAGGACACUGAAAAUGGUGGAGAAUUCGACAGGAAUAGUGGAUGGCAGCAAAUGGUCAGAAAUUCUCUCAUUCGGGCCUCUCAUCACAGAGGUGCUGGUGGGCAUCUUCUUAUACAUCAACGGCCUCAUGAUCUUCACCUUCUUCAUGAAGGAGGCCUUUCGCACUGAUACCCGCUAUAUCCUUUUUGCCCACAUGCUCUUUGUGGAUUCCUCACUGCUGGUGGUGACCAGCUUGGUUGCGCUGCUGACCUACUACAGAGUGGCGAUCCCCUAUGAGUCCUGCAUAGUGCUUAACCUGGUCUUGGUCUGGCUAGAAUUCUGCACGCCUCUGACCUUGGUGGCCAUGUGCCUGGAGCGCUAUGUGGCUGUGUGUAAACCCCUAAGGCACGCUGCCAUCUCCACGCCGAGGAUUAGAGUGGUGGGCCUGCUCCUCAUUUGGGGGCCGGGCUGUGUACCUGCCCUCGUCAUCAUCUUUUCUUGCACAGCCUCAGUCUCAGUUAAGCAGCUCAGCAUGAGAGUCUUGUGCUCCUUGGAUGCACUGAUUGUGAUUGAGUGGCAGAAGUACCUCCAAAUUGCUGUGUUCAAAUUCUAUUUCUUGCUCAUGUCCAUGGUCAUCGCCUUCACGUACGUCAAGGUGGCUGCGGCUGCCCGGUCUGCCUCUGGUAAAAACAGCAAGUCAAGCGCCAAAGGUACGAGGACAGUGGCUCUCCAUGCCAUCCAGCUUCUCCUUUGCCUCAUACAGCUACUUACGCCUUUUGUGGACAUGGCUCUGCUAAAGAUCAGCGUGGUGAUCUACAUCUAUAUCCGUUUUGUGAAUUUCAUAAUGUUUGUGAUAGCGCCGCGUUGCCUGAGUUCAUUGAUCUAUGGUUUGAGGGACCAGAAUUUCUUCCAGGCAUUGAAACACUAUGCUGUUUGUGGCCUGGAUAAGAAGGUUCAACCAGCUGCUUCUCAUUCCAGGAAGGUGGAUCUGAGGCAUUAAUGUGAAGGAAGCAAUGAGAGACACUGGAUAAGACUGGAUAGACUGUACAUAUUGGCUAUUGUUAUUAUUAUUGUCCAUCCAUCCAUCCAUCCAUUUUCCAAACCGCUUAUCCUACUGGGUCGUGGUUGGUCCGGAGCCUAUCCCGGAAGCAAUGGGCACGAGGCAGGGAACAACCCAGCAUGGGGGUCCAGCCCAUCGCAGGGCACACUCACACACCAUUCACUCACACAUGCACACCUAUGGGCAAUUUAGCAAGUCCAAUUAGCCUCAGCAUGUUUUUGGACUGUGGGGGGAAACCGGAGGAAACCCCACGACGACAUGGGGAGAACAUGCAAACUCCACACACAUGUGACUCAGUCCGAGACUCGAACCUGAGUCCCAGAGGUGUGAAGCAAUAGUGCUAACCACUGCACCACCAUGCCGCCCCUAUUAUUAUUAUUAUUAU